UUGGUUUUCUGAGACUCAACACUCCCAACAUUCAUACAACCUUUUAUUAUCCUUCUUUCUUCUCAUGCCUCUUCAAUCUUCUUUCUCCUCCUCUUCCACUCAUUCUUCUUUACUGUUUCAUCUCUUAUUUGCCCUGUUAGAAUAUUAUUAGGAUUAAUUAGGAUCAAUUAGUAUUAUUUAAUACAUCUGAAUAUUUGUUAUAAGAGAUUACGUCCUUAUUAUUACGAUUCUCUUAGUACCUAUAAAUAUCAUUUCAUAUUGUAUCAUUCUAGAUAACUUGAAUAGACAAUUUGAAUACAGUCAAUAAUACACAAAUCAUUUCUCUAGUUUAGUCUCUUAUUUCUAACAUGCCCGUUAUUCAAACACUGGUGGAUGGUGAUGGAUUAUUUUCUUUGUUUAAGCCCAAACUCUCCUCAAUCAAUUUACAUAAUGCGGGGAGGGGCAGCUGUUGUACCAUCCAAAGGGCGAACCUGAGGAGGGCGAAGCUGGAUCCAUCGGCGCAGCACGGUGUCAGGAAGUUCUCCGAUCUGACGCCGGAAGAGUUCAAGAGGCAUCACCUUGGAUCCAGUCAAGAACCAGGUGAGGUUUUGGCCAAGCUAAUCAUCUCUGCAAGGAAUGAAGCUGAACUGGAGUGAGUAAAGACAAAGCUGAAAGGGAUGAGUCACCAUAAGCAAAAAGGGAAGCGGGAGAAAGAACACGUAGAAGUCGGUUGAUCCACCCGCUGAAGGUGGCAAUCCGAAUAGUCUCCAUACCCCCUUGCUCAUCUUUGGAUGCACCGAGGACGGUGCAAACUUUUAAGUGUAGGGAGAUCGUCACCGAUCGACGAUCUUAGGUGACAAAUUCUAAUCUCAAACACUUGCAUAUUUUAUUUUUUUCUUAGUCUGUAUAUAUUUUAGAGCUGUAAUUGUAUUUUUCUUAGUUUAUUGCAUUUCUUUCCACAUAUAUAAUAAGUUUAGUUAAAAUAAUGAAGUUUUCCAAGAAAAAUAUUCUAAAUAGGACAUUGAUAUCCUAAUUGAUUUGAGUUGAUAUUUGUUGCAUUGAAACUUGCUUGAAAUAUAUUGUGGAACAUGUUUUUGAGCUAAGAAUACAUAAGCAUGUGAGUUUUGAGCCUAAUUAUGUGGUUACAUCAUAUUAACCACUAUUUUUAUUCUUGUGUGUGUUAUUCUCUUUUUAUGAUUGUAAUCUUUGAUUUGUUUGAUUCUUUAUGUCCAAUGUUUGAUGUAUAUAUGCAUUUGUAUGAUUGAGGCCAUAAUUUUAUUUAGCUCACUUGUCCCAAAUAGCCUACCCUUUUAUCUUCAUUUGUUAACCAACUUUGAGCCUAUUUUAAUCCCCUUUUGUUCUUAAUUUUAGCGCAUUACUAGUCUUAAAGCGAAAAACAAUAAAUGUCCUUUAUUUGGAUCUUUGAUUAACUUAUGCUAGUGAGAGUGUUUAUCAUCUAAGUGUGAGAAAGUUGGGAACUUUGGUUGAGGUAAAAGCGAAUUUUUAUACUUUUGUUGAAAAUCUUGAGAAUUGGAUAUAUAUUCAUGCAUUAAAUGUUUAAACCAUAUGUAUUGAUACUUUUGUAUAUACUCUAGUUUGAAAAAAAAAAGUAGGAAAAAAAGAAGAAAAGAAAAAGAAAAAAGAGAGAAAAAAAAGUAAGUAAUAAAAAGGGGGACAAAAUGUUUCGAAAUAAAGUAAUAAUAACAAGUGAAUGCAUGAGUAUGUGAUUAAGUAAAUAAUGGGUAGGUGAGAGAGCUUAAAUUAGUCAAAGAUUCAAAUUUUAAGCUCACUUGACCAUAUACAUUCUUACCUUGACCCUAACCCCAUUACAACCAUGAAAAGUCCUCAUGAUAUUUGUAUGCAUACAUUGAAUGAUUGUUGACUGUUAGAUGAAAAACAAAUCUUGAAAAGCAUAAUUAGAGGAGAAUUGAGCGAAUCAAUCCUAAACACUUGAGCGAUUAGAGUGCAUAUACACAUCCAGUGAGGGGUUCGAUUGCUCAAAUUCUACGUUUCCACUUAUUAUUAUUGCUUAUCCAGCAAGUUUGUAAAUUCUUUUCAACAACUCUAAUCAAUUAUGGAUUUGACUUGGUUAAGAUUGCUUUAGCCCGUAUGUUCAUAUAUGCUUUCUUGGAAAUUGAUUUAUUUUGACUAAGUAGUUGCAUUCAUUUAGAUAGAUUGUAUAUAGGUAGUUUCCUUACUUUGAAUAAAUGUAAUUCCCCUUCUUAUCUUUCUUUGACAUAGCAUGAGGACAUGCUAUUGUUUAAGUGUGGGGAUAUGAUAAAUCCACAUUUCAUGAUAUUUAUUUGCUCUAUUUGGGUAGAUUUCAUCAACUUUUCUUGCAUUUAUCUAUUGAAAUAGCAUAGUUUCAUGAUUUCUUCAUAAAUUGUGCUUGAAAGUAAAAACAUACUUUUUAGAUCUUUUAAUUACUAAUUUUUAUUCACUUUAAUCCCAUUUGAUGCCUUGAUGUGUUUGUUAAGUGAUUUUAGGUUUUCAAGACAAGUAUGGGUUGAAGAAGUGAGAAAAGAGCAUGCAAAAGAGAAGAAAUAAUGAAGAAAUGGAAUUUGGAAGUUUCAGCAUCCGUGCGUGCGCACAGUAAUGCAUGCAUAUGCACAAGUGUGAGCUCAUGGCGACGCGUAUGCGUGAUCCACGCGUACGCGUGAGGGUGAAUUUUGCCAGGUGACGCGUACGCGUGACCCAUGCGUACGCGGGACCUUUGUCACGUGAGCUCAUUAAUUGCAAUUCGCUGGGGGCGAAUUCUAAGCCUCUAAAAUCCAGUCCAACUUAUUUUUGAAGCUAUUUCAAGGCAAAGUGAAGAAGGAUGAAGGGGGAGGAGCAAUUAUGGUAGCCUAGUAUCAUGUUGUAGGUCAUCUUCUAGAGAGAGAGGAGCUCCCCCUUCUCUCUAGAAAUUAGAGUUAUUAGUUUAAUUUCUCUUUAAUUUCUCUUUUUAAUUCUUAUUUUCGUCUAAUUUCUUUUACCUUUCUUUGUUCGAUUGUCUCAAUUUUCUUAGUUUAUCUUGUUAAUUUUUUAUUUUGGUUACUUUUCAUGUUGAUGAACCCUUGUAAAUUUCUAUUUCAUUUAAUGCAAUUUAUGUUUUCAUGUUA